UUUUUUUCUUCUUCUUCUUCUUCUUCUCUUCUCUCUUUGCUUUCUUUCCAUUAUCUUCUUUUCUUUCUUGACAUCUUUUUUACCUUUGAUCUUUUUGAUCUUUUAAACUAUACAUCAUGGCUGAUUUCAUAUGCAUAGCGAUGGCACCCCAGUAUACCGAUCCUCAUGAAUCCGAGCCUCGUGCACCUCACCCGUCUUCCAGUACUUCUUUUCGAAGAUCGCUCAACUUAUCUCAGGGAGCCUCUGCAUUGUUAGGUCGUAGAUUCUCCAGAUCAAAUCAUCAAACACGUUCGAACUCUACCGAUAAUAAUGAACGCUCCCCUACUUCUCGAUGCAACUCCGAUCCGGUGUAUAUUCGCAUUGUUCCAAGUAUCGAUAAUCCAGGUCGAUCGCUGGUCUUCCCCAUCAUUGAACGCGAGUUAGAAGUCGGAUCAGUCGUAAAAAUUGGCCGUUUUACCGAUCGAUCUCAAACAAGCAAUCACAUCUCAUUCAAAAGCAAAGUGGUGUCCCGAUCACAUUGUGAAUUUUGGGUCGAUGCAGACCACAAGCUUCAUUUACGAGACACCAAAUCAUCGUCGGGGACGUUUGUCAACCGAAUGCGUCUAAGUUCUGCUGGCCAGGAAAGCCGACCAACCGAGAUCAAGGAUGGUGAUAUCAUUCAGCUGGGUGUUGAUUAUCAAGGCGGCGUGGAAGAAAUUUAUCGAUCUGUAAAAAUGCGAUUCGAGUUGAAUCGGUCCCCCACCCGACAAGGGCCUGACUCUUUCAGUGUAUCAGCAUUCCAUAAUCUACGAAAUAUCACCAACCCAAUCGCUUCAUCGUGUAGCAAACCAACCGCUCAUGGAGAAGCCUCCGAUGCUUGUUGUCCUUCUUUAUCACCGGAAAACGGCUCAUUCAACGAUCUGCAAGUCGAUGAAUGUGUUAUCUGUCUGUACGCCCUGGCGCCGUUCCAGGCGCUCUUUGUUGCGCCGUGUUCCCAUUCUUAUCAUUUCAAGUGUAUCCGCCCACUUUUGCAAAGUUACCCCGGUUUUCAGUGUCCCAUUUGCCGCACCUAUUCUGAUCUCGAAGCCAGUGUGGCUAUCGAAGCAGAAGAAGUGCUCGAAAAAUACGGUGUCAAAUCCAAAUCUUCCACACAGCCGUCCUCGCCAUCUUCGCCAUCCUCGCACACCACUUCCCAGCAAGCGGAUCACGACCCCCAAUCCCUUUUGAUGCAGCCAUGUGCAUCGCAGCCUUCUUCACCGGGAUCCGUUGAAGAACCUGAUCAGCAACAACCUGACCCAUCUGAAACGCGAGCCGAAAAUUCAACCUCCGUAGCGCAACCGAUGCCUUCGGAAGCGAACACUGGGCAACCCCAUCGAGGCCCCGAUCCGCUGUCCACUACGUUGGUGGCCUCACCACCCAGUUUCUCGCCCUUGUCGUCUUCCACGUAUCAUCGUACUUCCGCUGAAGCAGGCGAUCACGGGGCGACCCUUUUAUUCGAAGAUUUUAGCAAUGUGAUAACCGAAGAAGAAAGUGGCAUUGCCAGCACCCCAAGCAGUCCUCGAUCCUUGGAUGAAGACGUGGUUUCCCGAUCCACCACACGGUCAUCCGAACGCCGGUUGAGUGCUUCCAAUCUCGUGGAGAAGCUUAAAGUAGCCUUUUCCGAAAAAUGUAAAUCCAGUGGAUUCAACAACCGAGACGGCAAACGUUCGUCUGCAAAGUUACGGCAUCGAUCUCAGGAAGAAGACGCCGACAUCAUGGAAGUCGAUGAUAUAUCUGGUCCCUCAUCGCCUCGGCCUUCUUCGGCUCCACUGACUCAAACUUUAUCUCGGCAAUCAACCACCCACACAUCUCAACUCCCAGAGAUCGUGGAAGACGUUGCAGCCGAGGAAGGCCAACCUUUUUACCCACAAGCAUCUUCCAUGAUCAUUGAUCACCACUACUGAUCAUUAUCAUUAUCACCAUCAUCAUCAACGAUAUAGGAAAUAUUCCUGGCUAAUCUUAUUAUUUUCUUUCUUCUCGUCUUCCUUUUUCUUGUCCCAUUGAUAUCUCAACUGUCUUUGUAUCAUAUUGCGCAUAGUUUGCUUUUUUUAUUCUUUUUUUUUUUUACCUUACAAAUUUACUACACCCUCUUUUACAUUAAGUUAUCCAAUGGAAUUUCUGUUAUGCAUGUUUACUCUUUUCCAAUCACUGUCUGCAUUGCUGUGUACAUCUGUGAACUACCACUGGUUCCUCCUUUAUGUCAUACAAAGCAAAAAGCUUCAUUGUUACCAGUAAUCAGCGCCCUAGUUUCUCAUACAUGAGACACUUUUACU